AGAGGAAGAACACUCUGUAGUAUUGAAGCAGUCAAUGGAUUUCAGGUUUGUUUGUGAAAUGAAAGUGAAUGCUGCUUAGCGCACCUUGUCCCAAGUAAAUAUUUAUCUAAAAAUAACUCAACACAAGGAAAUCAUUAUUGGCCUCCACCCUUUUUUACCUCCCUCACCUCCUCCUGAUGUUUGGGCAAAAACAAACACAUUUAGAGCCAAUACAGGGAAAGGCAUACAGAGGGGCUGUAUAUAUUGAGCAGCCUGCAGGGCUUUUGGUUCCUUUCACAGCAGCACAACGUGGGCCACUGUGUCCUGUACGCUGGCCGCAGACAUGGCACGCCUGGCCCUCCCUGUCUUCCUCCUCCUCAGCUUCUCCUUGCUCCACAUCUGCAACAGUGGUCCGUCUCGCACCAGGAAGGCUGUUUCACCUCGCCAGUCUGGAGCUACAGAGGAGGAGGAUGUGAUGUCACAGAUCCAGAGGUUGUGGCAGGAGGUGAAUUCUCUGAAAGAGAUGCUGGCACUGCAGACAGUGUGUCUCCGGGGCAUCAAAGUUCAUAGAAAGUGUUAUCUUACAAUUGAGGAACCCAAACAUUACCAUGAAGCAAAUGAAGACUGCAUUGCACAAGGUGGAACUCUUGCAACACCGCGGGACAUGUUGGAAAACAAUGAACUGAGAGACUAUGCAAAGAGGAGUGCUCCCGGGUCCAAGGACUUCUGGAUCGGUGUGGCAGACAUAGUGAAAGAAGGCCAGUAUGUCGAUGUCAACAGCCAGCCAGUCCACUUCUUUAACUGGGAUCGCUCCAAGAAGCAGCCCACAGGAACGAAGAGGGAGAGCUGUGUUGCUCUUUCAGUGGCUGCACAAGGAAAGUGGUAUGAUGAGGUGUGUCGCAGCCUGAAAAAGUACAUCUGUGAAUAUGUCAUUCCCUGAAGCCAGAAGUGGAAAGAAGAAAUUAAAUAAAAGGAUGUUGACAAUUUGAUGCAGGUUUAUUUGACUAGAACUUUACAAAAACCUGUUGUCUAUGAUAGGAAGAUUUUUUUUCUCUGUGGUUAUUAAUUGGGUUCUAAAACAAUCCUAAUAUUCAAAUUAGUAACUAUAGGUGGAUUUUAUAUGAGUUCUCUGUGAUACAAGAACUUUAUCUUCACAUGAAGCAAUUCCCAAUGGCUCGGACAUCGACUGAGCAGAUCAUGAAAUUAAAAAUUAUGAGUGAAAUUUCACUGAAAUAAACAAUAUAAGCUUC